AUGUCGGUGCCAAUAGCAACGAUGUCGGAUCGAGCUCAAGGACAUCGCAGCGGCCGCGGAGGAGGACGCGGCGGUCAUGGUGGCCGUGGAGGCGGCCAUGUUCACGAUAAGCCAAAGAAAGAAGCCAUUCUGAACUUGGCCAAAUAUGUGGACAAGCAAAUUCGCGUCAAAUUCAUGGGCAACCGCGAAGUCGUUGGCACACUUAAAGGCUAUGAUCAACUGAUGAAUCUUGUCAUGGAUGACGUGGAAGAGCUUUUACACGACCCUUCGUCCGGCAGCGUCACAGACGAGCGUCGCACAUUGGGUCUGGCUGUACUUCGUGGCACCAACUUGAUGCUAAUUAGUCCCGUCGAUGGAUUUGAUAUUAUUGAAAACCCCUUUCUCCAGCAGGAUGAAUAA